AUGGUGGAGGGUAACACUGUGCGUGAACAAAAAAUUCCAAAGUUGGUUAGGUUCAAUGAUGAUUGUACAGCAGUUAGACAGGGGACGGAGUCUGUAGGUGUUGAUCUUACGGUUAAUGAAGAGCAGUUACGAAAUAAGUUAACUGCACAUAGUCCCACUGCCGAUAUUGUAAUAGGGGGAGUGAAAGUCAGUUGUAUUUUAGAUACUGGCGCAGAAACCUCGUUGAUAAGCUGUGAAUUCUAUAAGGAACAUUUGGCCGACAAGGUAAACAGUUUGGGGACAGUGGGGACAUUCAUUAGGCUAGUUGGUGCUAAUGAUUUAGAGAUACCUGUAGCAGGAUAUUUAGAGACUCCAAUUGAAAUUUUUGGGUCUACAGUGACAGCCAGUUUUUUAGUGCGGUCAGAGUCGUCUCCAGAGACAUCCUCUGGGAGGAGAACGCAGUAUCCUAUACUCCUUGGAUGUAACGUUUUGCGAGCAAUUGCCUCUUUGGGUGUGGCUCCAAUUGAGUCAUGUACAGAUGAGUGGAAUGUUGCUCUACAGUGGUUUAAGUUUAAGAAUUGGCAGGAUGAGUGUUUACAUGGGUCGAGUCCACCAACACCAGGGGUUGUUGGUGAUGUUUGUUUGGUCCAAGAAGAGACCAUUCCUCCGUUUUCGGCCAGAUAUGUUAGUGUAUCAUGUAACUUAAAUGAACCCGAGCAGCAUAAUCAAUGUGUCUUGAUUCGGAAUCUAGCAAGUUCAUGUUCUGUGCAGGUAUUAGAAGGGGUACAGAAAGUUCGGAACUCAUUACUCAACAUCUUGUUGUGUAAUUUGGGGGAUUCCCCUGUUACGAUGCUAAAGUCUCAAAGUAUUGCAAGUGCUAUUACAGCCAUAGAAGUGGAAGAAGUUCACAUCCAACCACAUGACUCACAUGAUGGGUUACAAGUGUCAGUUGGUUUAGUGGGUUGUAAUGAAAGUGAGACAAUAGAUGAUGACACAAGUACAGUACCGACUUGUACGGAUACACCCAACCAAUUGCGGGAGUUAUUUGUCUUUCCUGAUGGGGUUGAGUACACACUUCCUCCUGGAAUAAGCUUAAGGGGGCUUGACCAAGAGCAUGCUAUCUUAGUAGCCGAAAUUAUCAAAAAGUACGAGUCUGCUUUUUCCAUGGGACCACUGGAUCUGGGAAAGUGCACAUUGAUUCCCCAUGAAAUUCAUUUAACCAGUGACCAACCAGUCCGUUUGCCCUAUAGAAUUCCACCGCACUGUAUGUCUGAGGUACAAAAGUUGUUGCAAGGAUUAUUGGAGAAGGGGAUAAUUCAUAGAUCGAGCAGUCCUUAUGCUAGCCCUACUGUCCUUGUACGGAAAAAAGAUGGGUCUAUUAGGCUAUGCAUCGAUUAUAGGAAACUUAAUGCACUUACACAAAAGGAUGCGUUCCCACUACCUCGAAUCGAGGAAACCUUAGAGGCAUUAGGGGGAUCACAGUUCUUUUCCUCAUUGGAUAUGGCUCAUGGCUACUUUCAGUUGGUUAUGCACCCUGACUCGGUUGACAAGACAGCAUUUCGUGUUCCUUGGGGGCUUUUCUCCUUUGAUCGAAUGCCACGGACUUUGCAACAGCCCUAG